UUAUCGAAUCAAAUUAAAUUUUGAACUAUAUAACAUUUUUCUAAAACAUUACUCAUUGAGUCUCUUCUCUCUCACAUGCGCACCUGUAAUCAAGUUCAUACUCAAGAAGGAGAGAGAAAAUUGAAUCCUUCAAAUUCCAUCAAUCAAUCCUUCUGUUUUCAAGAUUUUUCUUCUUAACAUAAACAUGGGUGUUCAUCUUCCCAAAUUAUCCCUCUCAUUGAUCCUAAUCUCCAUCUUCCUCCCUCCAUCAACCCCAGAUCAGAAAGACGAAUCAUGUUUAACCCAUCUAUUCGAAUCCUUUCAGGACCCCAUCGGAAACCUCCAUAACUGGACCAAACUCGCCUUCUCAAACCCCUGUUCCGAUUUCAAUUCCAACCUCGUCGGAGCCACCUGCAACAAUGGCCGAAUCUACAAACUCUCCCUCCAGAACCUCUCUCUCCGAGGCUCCAUCUCACCUUACAUCUCCAACUGCACAAACCUACAAUCGCUAGACCUCUCCAACAACUCCCUCACCGGACCUCUCCCCGACGAACUUCACUACCUUGUCAACCUCGCCGUCCUCAACCUCUCCUCCAACCGCCUCUCCGGCGCCAUCCCACCUUCCCUUCCCAUGUGCUUUUAUCUCAAUGUCAUUGACCUCCACGAUAACAUUCUCACCGGCACAAUUCCGCCGCAGAUUGGAUCUUUGGUGAGGUUAUCUGUGUUCGACGUUGCUAACAACAAGUUAUCCGGGCCGAUUCCGGCGAGCUUGGGAAACAGAACGGGGAACUUGCCCCGAUUCAAUGUCAGCUCGUAUUAUGGUAACAAAGAUCUUUAUGGGUAUCCGUUGCCUCCGAUGAAGAGUAAAGGGUUGUCGGUGGUGGCGAUUGUGGGGAUCGGGUUGGGAAGUGGGUUGUUGAGCUUGGCACUGAGUUUUACGGCGGUGUGUGUUUGGUUGAGAGCGACGGAGCAGAAGACGGCUGCUGAACAGGAAGGGAAGAUUGUUUUACCUGAUUAUUAAGUAUUAACCAAAUAAUUAAUUAAUUAAUUAACUAAAUGCUUUAUUUAUAUAAGAAAUAUUUGUUGUAUGUAGAAAUAUUUGUUGUAUCUUUGUAAAAUUUGCAAAAAGGUGGGUAAGAGGGUAAGGGUUGAUCUUGA